GGAGAGUGUCAAGAUUGCCAGAACAACACAGCUGGUAAAAAGUUCAUAUCUUUCACAACAAACAUUUUAUUUUUAAAAAAAAACACAGAUAUGACUCAUUUUAUGCUAAACAUUAAGCUACCAUCUAUUUGGGCACUUCCACUAGUAGGCUACCAUCUAUUAGGGCACUUGCACUUUUCUCUGGCUUGACAACCUAGGCGUGGCUAACUUAAGAUUUGUUUCACUACUGUCAUUACUGUAAUGACCAACUAAGGAAACUGGCAUGUGGCGCUGUAGGAGCUUCCAGUCUUGCGCCACCACCCUGACAGGAUUGUAGAUUUAAAUGUCUUGUAUAAAUUUUAAAGAUUCAUCUUAUGAUAAAGUUACAUUUAAAUUCAAGGUAAAAGUGUAUUUUCAUAUGAAGUGUCAAGAUUUAAUUUUUCAUUACCGAUUUUAUUAUCAACAUUUCUCAAACCUGGUCGGAUAGUUCCCAUGUCCAUUUCUGUCUCCCCCAGGACCAUCAUGCGAAGAGUGUAAACUUGGUUACCAUGGCGACGCCAGUACUGGCUGUAUUCAGUGUCCUUGCUACCAGCCAAGAGUAAUCAAUGAAACUUGUCAUUCUGAGAACACAAGUGGUGUAGACACUGUUGUGUGUGACUACUGCAGGGAAGGCUACGAUGGGGACCUCUGUGAUAUGUAUGUUUGGAAUUUAGGAAUCAUCAAUAUUCAAAUAUCUUCUAAAACUCUUACAUUUGUUGAUAAAAAUUUUGUUAUGAACAAAAUGAUUGCAUAAAAUAUUUCCAGUUUACAUAAAUUGAAGUAAAUUUUGUUUAUAUUGAAGAAGUAGAAUGGCAUCUCAGCAGGACAUUAAAGAUUUGUCCACUUUUGUAUUCUAAAGCUUUUGGUAUCCAACGACAGGGCCUUGUAAUCAUUCACUCAUUUCAUUUCAGCCAUAGGACUGUUGUACAAUAACUGAAGUAAUCACUUUGUAUGUACCUAUAAAGUAUCUGUCUGAGUAUAUUCUGUGCUUUGAUCUCCCAGGUGUGAACCACUGUAUUCUGGCAAUCCUCUGGCAGUCAAUGGAGCAUGUCUACCUUGUAUAUGUAAUGGAAAUUCUGCUACUUGUGACAAUGUCACUGGUAUUUGUAACUCAUGCU